GGAGCCGCUUGGUCCAGAUCCAGGAUAUGGAUCGCGCUACACUGAAGCUUCUACUGGCUUUCAUGUACUCAGGAGUUUUGGACAUGACAAGUGCAAAAUCAAGGGAAUUGGAGCUUCUCAAUGCUGCAGACAAAUACGGAGUGGAAGAAUUGAAGCAGUACCUGGAGCUGCCCCUAUGUGCGCUCUUGAGCACCGUGAAUGCCUUUGAAUUGCUGAGGGCAUCGGAAAGGCACGACGUGCCACACCUAAAAGAAGCUUCUGUAGAACAUAUCAUUCACAAAAUGGACCGUGAAGAAAGUGCAAUCAUUCUCAAGGAGAUGAUGUUCGGGGAUGACAUGACAGAAAGGGUUUUGGCCGGAACGAUUAUGGAGAGGCUAUGGCUCAGUAAGCCAUGACGACCCAUUGUUUUUUGGGUUGAAUGUCAGAAAUAAGUGUCAAAUUAUAUAUAUUAUAUAUAUAAAUAUAUUUGUUUAGGCUUGGUAGGUGUGCUACUUUACUAGAUCGUACGGAGAGGGGACAACCCCCGCUUCUUGUAUCUCUUUCCCUUUUCUCUCGUUACUCUUCCCCCCUAGCUAAACCUCUGGACUAUUUUCUCAUGGCUAU